AUGGCUUUGAGCUCCAGGGCGCACGCUUUCUCCGUGGACGUUUUAGUGGGAAACUCAGGGAAGCGCAAACUUCUGGAUUUGGAAGAAGAGGAGCGCUCUGCUGAGAAAGCAGCCGAGAAGACAGUCUUCGGGAAAAACCAGGCGCCAGGUAAAGUCGCCCUUCUCUCUUCUUUCUUCUCACUGUAGUGCUAGUCCGGCAACCGCCGAAUCGUGCAGUCCAAAACUAUACAUUCUUCGGAAGUCGGUCAGCGCGUUUAGAAUUGUAGCUUGAAAGGAUUCAGUCCUAAUUUCCUGCCCCAGCUUCCCUGGGAGCAAACUCCCAUUUACUCCAAAAGUAUUUACUUUUGAGUUAGGAUUGCGCUGUUCAGCUGAGGCUCCCUCUGCGUCUGAUAGGAUUUACUCCCUGGUACAACCUUAAGAAAAGCAUGGCACGGGAACAUAUUUUUUAUUGUAUUUCCUCAUUUGGCAGCGGAAGAAGAAUCCGGCGUCCCCCUAAAGCUUGCUCUGUUUUCAAUAACGCUUGCCCCAAAUAAAAAGUUAGGACUGUGUUGAAUAAGCGAAGGGUAAAAUAACAAGGGACUUUGUACAAUGAAGGCGGACGCACGCCGAGGGGGUACUUUUCCAAAUCCGAGUGCUGAACUGUGAGUUUUUAAUUUAAGAUUCUUAAAUGUGAAUAGGGCUCAGCCGCGCUCCCAGUUCUACUAAAGGGAAUGGAUCAAAGCCUCGUUUUACACCGAGGGAAGAACAAAGCGAUUAAUCUGGGGCCUGUGGGUGUUCUGUGUUCUGUUUAGGGCAUAACCUUUAAACUCGUGCAAUUCAAAUGAAAUUUAGAGAGGCCAAUUGCAGCGAAAACUACACCUAGCGCUCAGUUGAAUGCCAAGUAAUUGCUUCAGUGACGGCGGAAGAGAGGAAAUCCCCCCAUCGUUAUUUACACCCCAGGGAACAUACGACCCCGCAAAUGUUACUGGACUGUAACUCCCAUCAUUCCUGACCAUUGACCAGACUGACUGGAGCAGAUGGAAGGUGGCGGUCCAAGAGCACCUGCAGGGACCGAGAGUUCCUCAUCCCGGAUUUACUCUCGUCUUCCGCACAUUUACUUGCGAGCUCUUAGUUCCCCAAAAUUUCUCUAGGAACGAAGCCGUGCUAAAAUAAGUCAUAUGUGUGCAUGCGUAAGUGCGUGCAAUUGUUUGAAUCGUUUCUUUAAAAAAAUAUCCACACUAUCUAUUUAAAGCACAUUAAAAGCACUCUGUUUUCCCCAAAGACUCAUGGAAGCUGUAGCUUGUUAAGGGUGCUUAACAAACUACCGUUCCCAAGAUUCCUGCGUGGUGCUGGUAAAGUACUUUAAAUCCAUAGUGUGAAUGCAGCAGGUUCGAGUGCCACCAGAUUUUCCUCCCAGCAGUCGAUAGGAAUUAUCGGCGCCUACGAAGACUCUGCCUAGAAAAUCCUUCCAGGACUUCCAAUGGAUAUUUGAGAGCACUUCCUAAAAACGAAUGGCUCUCAGUGGCCCUCGCAACGCAUCCCUGCAGCUUCCGCUUGAAUUCCGAUCCGAGCCACUCGGAAGGAAAGGGAGCCAAUGGCAUGUCAAAGCCGCGGGCACUCGCUGUAGUUCUGUCCCCGUACCCCGCUUGCAUUUAUUUCCUCCCAGAAAAGAAAUCUAAGGGAGAAACGGCGGGCUCCCUCCCGGAGGAAACCAGAGAAGGGGCCGGAGCGAUCCAAGUGGACCUGCAAGGUUCGGAAUUGUGGAAGAGGUUUCACGAAAUCGGCACUGAAAUGAUUAUCACCAAAGCCGGCAGGUAGGGCAUCUGGCCCGGAGUUUCAUAUCUCUCUUCCUUUUUUUGUAAUUGUGUGUAUGCGUGUGCUGCCCCCAGAUAGCCCUCUAAAUUUCCAGUGUUAGCGACUGUGCUUGCCGGCGUGUCAGCUGCUGUGCUAAAAAUGCACACGAUUGCUCUACCCUUUCCAGUAAACCAGCCUUGGCAUGGUCCGAAGUCUGUGCGCUCACGGAAUUGUGGGUUCGAUCAAGUAAAUUACCAAGGCUGCUGUCCUAUACUGUACCCGCUUACCUGGGAGUAAGGCAAGCCCCACUGCGCUGAGUCGAAUUUACUUCAGAAUAGACAUGUAUAGGAUUGUACUAUAAGGCCUUUUUCUUUCUUUUAACACACACGGGUGGUUUCUGGUACAUUCGACCUUUCAUUCAUUCUUAUUAAUAUCCUGUUUCUGAGGGACACUUUCCAAGUCCCGCCGGUUUCAACGCCAAAUAAUUCAGCGCUUGCUCAACUCUCUCCUGGAAAGUAACUGAUUGAUCUUGAUAGUGCUUUGGUCGGGGUGGGUCGUGCCCAUACUAUGCACAAAUGGCAUGCUUACUCAGAAGUAAGCCACACUGUGUUCUAGAGGGUGGGGGAGACUUAUUUUAACAACGGAGACAAAUUUGUUCUCCCCACAACUCAGGGAGAGGCGUCGCUAUCCCCCCUCCCCCUUUUAUUUCCAAUGAAAACGAAACGGGGAAAUCAAGGGACCUUUCUUGCCAGAGGUUACAUUUUUUAAACUCAGCACCUCAGUGUCUGAGGCAGAAUUUCCGUCCAUGGUAAGGCGAAGGGAUACAGCAAAGUCUGAAAGUGCCUUACAUAAAUCACAAUUCAGAACCGUUGUUCCAUCUACCCUAACAAUUACUUUGCCUGCUCCAGUUCUCUAGAGGCGCGGGUGUGUGUUGGUCCUUGCUCAAUCCUGAACCGAAGCUCCUUAUAAUCUUGCAGGGUAAUUCCUUCACACACACACACACCCUAACGCUUAGAGUUAAGAUAAUCUGUUUUCCUUAUUUCAAACCAAAUAUUUGCAGUAGGGGGGAUGGGGGAAGCACAGGCAGAUAUGUAUAUCGUUAGCGCCUGUCCUUAGUCUAUAAUGCAGGCUCCCCUCUCCUCACGACCUGGAAUAAACUCUGUAGCGAAAAGCUCCUCCUUAAUAACAGUGAUCCUGGUGAGAUCGUGAUUUGGGAGAGUGAGAGAAAAUUGAUGAGCUAAUGGAUAAUUCGGUGGCCGAGGACUUUACUAUGGGAAUUUUGUGAUAUGCGUAAAACUUAUCACUGGUCUCCCGCACCGACAAUGCAGUAGCCAUUUUCUAAUAUCAUUUUAAAUAAAAGGUUGUUCAAGUCCCGGGCUCGCAAACUCUGCAGGGCCAACUUAGCAGAUUUCGGUGAAAAGGAAGUAAAAUAUAUUCCCAUCCUUAAAUGCGGGGAGGGCUGUAAAUCACUGAACCCAGAAUCUAAAAUUACGUUAACUGCACCACUGAAUCGAUAAAAAGACAAUCUCUUCCCACGAUAUUCUUUCUCUUACCACCGCCUCUCUCACAAGUUCAUCCUUCGCUGAUCAAGAGAAAUGACUAUAAUAACCUUCUGCAGGUUCUUUUCUCCAUUAAAUCUAUUCGAUUCCCAAACCAGAGCUCCAUGAAUUAGUGGAUGAGGAGUCACUAUCACCAAGGCCGAGCUGUUAAGGCAAAGCUUGAAGCUGCAAUUUCAUGUACGUUUACAUGGGAGUAAGAACUCGGUGAGACUUACUUCCAAGUGAAGCCUUAAAGGGACAGAAGAAGCUGCCUUAUACUGUCAGUUUGUCUACAUUGACCAGCAGCGGCUCUCCAGGGUUUUAGAAAGAUAAUCUUCCCAGGUUCUAAAUGCAGAUACCAAAAAUCAAAGCAUGUGCUCUGCCACUGAGUUAGUACGAUUGGGUGACAUGUCACUAAGAAGGAAGAAUGUGAGGAGCCUAACAUCAGGAUCCUAAACAUCCUUGGUUUGAUGUCAGUGCAUUUCAAGGCAACCUACUCCUAAGUAGGUGUCCUUUUUUUUAACUACUGGAGAAAACCUGUGCAUGGAUUUGAUCUGCCUACAAUCCUGCCCAUGGUUACUUAGGAGUAAGGCCCUUUAAGCCAAGCAGGACUUACUUCUGAGUACUUGAUUUAUCUGAUUUCUUACCUGCCCUCUACUAUAAGGUCAGAAAGAGACACAACACAUUUCUGAUAAGCCUUCCUAGAGAGAAGGCCAACCUUGUCACAAGUAUGCUGUCAUUAAAAGAAAGAAGGAAGGAAGGAAGGAAGGAAGGAAGGUGCUUUUAAAAAUUUGUUUUCGAACAUCCAUGCCUGAGGAUGUGUGCUGUGGAAUUCCAAAUCUCAAGAUUCUAGUGUUUUUGGCACUCAGUAGCUAGAUGGAUGAAAUGCAUGGCUUUAAAUGCUUUUGCUAACUUUGUGAACCCAAUUGCUGUUUGGCUGAACAUUUUUGCAGUUCUUUGCAGAGAGAGGGAGGAAGAGAGAUUAAUUUAUGAAGGUCAUAAUAAAAUAUUAAGGGACCAGUCUGAUCAGGCCAAAGACAUCUUGUUCUCAACCUUUGGGAAACCUGCAAGUGGCACCUGUGUGCAACAAAGUUCUCCCUGCUUGUGAUUCUCAGCAACUGGCAUUCAGAGGCUACUGCUUCACACAAUAGAGAGAGAACGUGGCCAUCAUGGCUAGUAGCCAUUGACAGCCUCAUCCUCAAGAGAGAAGAGUUGUGAGGAGUCAGAGUGCAGUAAAAAUUCCUGGCCAAGUCAGAAUGUAGACAUUUCCCCUUAUUUAAAACAACUCACAUAACAUGCCUUGCAAGAUUAUUAAAACAAUGGGAAGCCAUUGCACUUCCCCCAGAUGUUGUUGGAUUAGACUUCCCAUCAGCCUCAGCCAGCAUGGCCUAUGGUCAAGUUGAAGUCCAGUAGCAUCUGGAGGGCACCAUGUUAGCUACCGCUGAAGUCUAGGGCAAUAAAAGGUUCUGCCCUGCAUAGCAGGUGCAGUGGUGUGGACGGAAUGGUCUUCAGAAAAGUGCUAUGCAGAGGGUAAUAUGUUUUACUUCACUUACUUCAAAAUGUGGGAAACUAUCCAUGCCUUGCCCUUGACCUCAGCACUGCAGUGGAAAGCCAGGUCCAUGGGGUAAGGAGUUCUGUGGUGCCUUAAAGGCAGAGGUGCACUGGAAUUCUAUACAACUCUACUCAGAUAACAGCCCUAUUGAAUGCACUGGGACUCACUCCUAGCUAACUAAGGCUGAGUUCACACUCUCAAUUACUGUGCACUCACUGUGUUGGGUUUUUACCCAGAUUUCUGUGCCGUGUACACACAGGCCAUUAUAUUUUUUUUAAAAUGCACAUUUCCUGCAGGGUUUUUUUUUUAAGCACAGCUGGUUUUUUUGAUGCAUUGUUUCUUAAACCAGAUUCACAUGGGUUGGAGCAUUCAAGCCUUUUCUAAUUUAUCUAUAGCCUCCUUUGCACAGGGUAAAGACACCCCCAUCCUGUAGUGUGUACACAAACAAAACAAAUGUGACACUAUGAAGCCCUGCUGAUGUGAACAGGGAGAGAGAAAAGACCUGUGAAAGGUUGUGUUUAUAUUAACAACUUCACGGCCUUCUAAAAUGGUAAUGUGAACACACCCCAAGUAUAGGAUUGCAGACACAUUUGUUAGGGGACUAGAGGAGGAUGGGGAACCUGUGGCCCUCCAGGUAUUUCUGAACUUCAUGUCUCCCCAGCCACCAUGACCAACAGUCAGAUGCAGUGCGAGUUGUAUAGUUCAGGAACAUCUGACAUGUUUAUUUAGUGUUACAUUCACAUCCUAACUUUUCUUUAUUUCAUCCUCACAACAACGCUGUGAAGUAGGUUAAGCUGAAAGAUGGUGACCGGCCCAAGGUCACCCAGGAAGCUUCAUGGCUGAGUGAGGAUUUGAACCCUGAAAAGUCCUGGUCCAACAUUCUCACCACUACACCAUUGCUGGCACUCUGUUCCUCACUGCUGGGCUGGAAACUUGUUUUUCUGGUAAACCUUUCUACAGAGCUAGCACAUCGACAUGCUCUUGCAUCCCCACUCUCUCCUCCCCUUGGUCUUCGGUCCUUUUGAGACUUUCCUUCCUACCUUUCAGCCGCAGCCCAAGGCUUGGUAAACGAACAGUCUGGUCCUACUGACAAUCUGUUGGAGGGAGAGAGAGAGAAAAAUCCUGCUGUGGUUGGGAUCCUUUCCCUCACGAAGCAUGUUUUAAGAUUUAGCAUUGAUAAUGGUGCCUGAAUGAUUUCACACGCAUUCGCGGAUAUAGAAAGCUUUUGGGAAACGAAACGAAAUACUAAGCACUUUUAAUCGGGUUUAUUCACUAUGACAGAAACCAGCAAUUUACGACUUCUAGUAGUAUUUUGCGUAACACUACAGCUACUUAUGUUCUUACUAUUAGGAAGGGUUCAAACUAUUACUUCCACGCCGGUUUCUACCAGGUCUCUGUGGCGCAACGUGUCAGUGCUGUUUACCAGAAGGUUUGUGGUUCGUGGGCAAGAUUCCUGCACUGCAGCGGGUUGGAAUAGAUGACCCUUGGGGGUCCCUUCCAAUCCUACAAUUCUUUAAUUCUACUAUACCUGAAAGUAGAUCAUUUCUCCCCUUCUGAUGAGACAGGGAAUGGGGGUGAUGAUAAUAUCGGGAGCAGCAAAAGAGGGAAACUCAGCCGGAACCAGUUCAUGUUUACUCGAAAGUAAUUUCCAUUGAGUUCAAGGGGGCUUACUCCCAAGUCAGCGCGCACAGGAUCAUGCCCAUUUCUUGCAAGUCCCAUCAGCCGUAAGCCUUGCAAUGCAAAGGGAACGGGGUGUCCCUUCAACUCCAGUGCUCCUGCAAAUGUCACAGGGAAUGCGCUCAGGGCUGGCGGUGUGAAAAGCAGGCUCGCCGGCCUGAGACUUUCGGGGCUCAUAAAGCAGCAGGUAUCCUUUCAGGUAUGGCUGUGGACAGUUGCGCGAUGAGCCUUGAGCAGUGGAGACAGAGCGGGAUAAGAAAAGAACCAAGGAACUAGAUGCCAAAUGAAACCUAUUGCUCUUCUUACGCUUCUCGCAGGAGAAUGUUUCCGUCGGUCAGAGUCAAAGUGAAAGGUCUGGAUUCGAUGAAGCAAUAUUACAUCGCCAUAGACGUGGUGCCGGUAGAUUCGAAAAGAUACAGGUAAAACGCGGAGCGUUCUCCUUUGGAAGCUAAGUAAGAUAUAGAGUCAGUUCACAUUUGCGGAUGACUUCAGCAGGAGGUGAUGCCGACGUGCUUCCUGCUUGUGUCAGGGCCUCCAGCUCCCAACCAGCACAGAAAGGGAUGCGCAUAUGGUAGCAUCACCUCACACUCAAUCUUUUCCCAGCUUCAACUGCCAGUUGCAGGAUGGUUCCUUCCUACGUGUACAUGUGAAUCAGUCCCGCUGAUGUCGAAGGGACCUGCCCCUCCACCCCAGUAGGCCUGGAAGCCAUUUUAAAGCAAGCAGAUGCGCAUCAUGCAGGAUUCCCUUUUCUCUUCAAAUACUUCCCCCGCUCCCUUCCUAAUUUCAUAAUAUGACCAUCAACUUACACGUGAAACUGCAGUCCGCUCUUAUGCCUAUUUUCUCAUAUUCAGCAGGAUCCCCCCCGCCCCCCUUCUAGGAAAUAACCGCGUCUCCUCAAAUCAUUCAGGGCCGGAGUUAUGAGGAGUAAUCGUAAACCGAUUCCUCUUUUUUAAGCUUUUCUGACCCAGUGGCAAAAUAUAUCAAUAGCUCGCUGUUUGCACGAAUUUACGACAUCCCAAAUACUCUGAAGUAUCUGGACCCAAGGAGAUAUUUCCCCCAUUAAUUCCAACUGAUUUUAAAUCCGCAUUGAAAACAGCAGUCAAAAACGGAUUGUAGGCAGGGCUCUUCAUACGCUGACAGAAAGCUAAGAUCCAAGUCAGUUCUAAAUGCGAGUUCUUAAAGCGCAGUCCUGUGUCUGCACAAAAGUAAGCCCUACUAAAUUCAGUGGGGCUUACUUCCAUGCAGGUGCGGUUAACACUGCAGCCUAAGCAAACUCCUUCAGACUCCAUAAUAAGUCAGGCCUGCUGGUUCAGGUCUAUAGCCCAUCUAGGCUAGCAUCCUGUGGGCCGACCAGAAGCCUGUGGGAAGCCUGCAAGCAGGAACUGAGAACAGCAGCAGUUCCAAGCAAAUGGUAUUCCGAUACAUAGCGACCCUGACCGUGGAGGUAGAACAAAACCAUCGAGGCUAGCAGCUUUGUCCUCCAUGAAAUUAUCUAAACCUUUAAAAAAAAAAAAAAGGUCACCUGAGUUGGUGGCCAUCACUGCCAGUGCCUCCUGAGGGAGGGAGUUCCACAGGUUAACUAUGCGCUGCACGAAGGAAUAUACACACUUCAGAUCUGCCUAAAGAAGUAUACGUACACACGGCGGGCCUGCGUCCCCGUGGCGCGAGAUUCUAUGUGACACAGACAGAAGCCCCACAGUCGCGUUUACUUUCACCCCGUGCUGUUCCUUCCACCGCUAGUCUGGGAGACGACGUGCACAUUGGUUUCUACAGUACCUCUUUCCAAUAUAGGUGCUUUUGAUCAGGACUCUUAGGAAACGGGAAAUUGCCUUAUACUGAGUAUGAUUAUUGCCUGCGCGCCCGGGUUUCAGGGAAACAUUCCCAGCCCUACCAGGAGGAGGUGCCGGGGCAAGAGAGACGUCCUAACCGCUGAGCUACGGCCCUUCCCCAAAGGGCUUGAGGAAAGUUGCAAAGUAAACAAACAGUUCGCAGGACCUCAGGGAGCCUUCGACAAUAAUUUGACAGGUUGAGAUCAGGGGCUGCCUUUUGAAAAAGCUGCCUUUCUCUCCCACAUGAAAGGCAGCAGGAGUCUUAAGCUAAUGCAACAGUGAGCGUGUUACGUCCUAAAGGCUUCAAAGCGGGAUAUGUAAUCUUGUUGUUUAAAUCGCUCACGGAAAUCAGAGAUACUUUCUAAAAAUAAUAAUAAUAAUGCCAGUUUCGGUGUUCCUUUUGGGAAGAUCCGCGCCACACAUUUAGGAUAUUCAACACAUAUGAAAAGCACGCUGGAAACUAGUUCUGUGAGAGGAAAGCUGCGGUUCCCAUGAUUCUUUGCAAGAAGCCAUAUGCUUUAACCGUGCUUUAAAUAUGUGGCGCGUUUUUGCUCUGUCGUUGCUUUCGCAGCGCAACCCUAUACAUAAGGAAGUUCCCCGAGUUCCCUAGGAGUUACUACCUAAAACAAAAGAAUAGGAUUAUUAACACUGCGAUGCUAUACACCCUUGCCUGGGAGUACGCUCCAUAGAGCUCAUUGGGCCUUACUUCUGAGUAAGCAUGCAUAUGGUCCUUCUGUCGGUGUUCUAAAGGUGAAAAAAUAUUGAUAUGUCCGCUGCAGAGAGAAACAUACUCAGGGUUCAGAUACCAGUCCUUGUCCUCCUAACUGACGUGAGUGAAUUUCAGGAAGCGAAUUUUGCAAGCGUUGAGUCCUAAAUAGAACCAUAAUCUCUUUGAGGGCAAAGCAGGGGUAAGAGUAUAGGGCGGAAGGCUGAGACCUAACGAUCGCAAGCCAGUUACGGUCCCAUGGAGUGUCCGGCAAGGAAAUGGAGGCUUUAAAAACCUGACUGCUGGGGAUGCUGCACACCUGGUCAGUUUCUUUGGAAUCCCUUUGAAGGAGCCCUGAAUUUAUAAUGAGGCACAGGCAAUGCCCCCAAACUCCCUGCACAUUUCACAGGACCCCAGAACAGAAAGAACUGGGAGGAAACUGCAACUAUAGGAUUUAGUAUUUAAUCAUUAUUGUUAGAGAUCAACUACUAAUCUGCUACUGCUACUGAUGUUGGAGGGUAGCAUCAAGUGAAGAUCUUACUAGUUUUUUUUCAUUGAGCUUCUUGGUCUCUCCUUACACCAGAAAAGGAAUAAUAGGCUACCAACAAAAAACAGUUUAAAGAAGUGGCAAAGGUAAUAAAAAAGCAGCCUUCUGAAUGGGCAGUGAGAGAUGAAGGAAUGUCCUCGGCAUUCCGUUUUUAAGGGCUCUUGACAGGGUAGGCUUUGAUUGCCAGGUGACUCAUCACUGCUGCCAAUCAUGUGAACUCUGCAUAACCCAGAAAGUGGGCAUAAUUUUUUUAGGGGGGAGUGCUCAAGAAUGUUUAUGGGUUUCCUACAGGCAGAGUCUGACUGUGAGAAGAGGAUGCUAGACUAUAUAGGCCAUUGGUCUGAUCUGGCAGGUGCAUCUAAUGUGCUUAUGAUGUGUGUUGAGAAGCCAAAUGCAGGACUUAAUGUGGGUUCUGCAUCAGAUUGUUCUGCUGAUUCCUAACCUCACGACCUCUGUCCCUUAUGAAGGUAUGUCUACCACAGCUCCCAGUGGAUGGUGGCCGGAAACACAGACCAUUCUUGUAUCACACCCCGGCUUUACAUCCACCCAGAUUCCCCUUGCUCUGGAGAGACCUGGAUGAGACAGAUCAUCAGCUUUGAUCGGGUGAAACUGACCAACAAUGAGAUGGACGACAAAGGGCAUGUAGGUGUGGAUUGGAGGGUGCACUGCUAUGAUGGGAGAAGAAGGGAGGGAUGGACAGAGUUUUCUUGUUGGAACAAGAAAUAACUUUUAGGGCUACCCUAAGAUUUCCUUAUAUGUGUGUUUAUUUGAAACCAUUAUAUGUGGCACUCUUCAUUUUACCAAAAUUUCUAGGGGAGCUCAUGCCAAUUAAAACAAAACAAAACCUACAAUCAGUUAGGAAGUUGGUAGUCCAUCUAGCUUUCAGCAUUAUUACAUUCAGAGUCACAGCCCCACAUGCUUUGCAGACUGGAAUUUAAGAAACUGCGAGUGAGGGAGAGAAAGUUGUGUCUCUGUGCAUAAGUGUAUGAGUUCCUCUACCAUGAAGUCAAGAGAUUCGGGUGGCACUGUGGGUUAAACCACAGAGCCUAGGACUUGCCGAUCAGAAGGUCAGCAGUUCGAAUCCCCACGACAGGUGAGUUCCCGUUGCUCGGUCCCUGCCAACCUAGCAGUUCGAAAGCACAUCAAAGUGCAAGUAGAUAAAUAGGUACCGCUCCAGUGGGAAGGUAAACAGCGUUUCCAUGCGCUGCUCUGGUUCACCAGAAGCGGCUUAGUCAUGCUGGCCACGUGACCUGGAAGCUGUACGCCAGCUCCCUUGGCCAAUAAAGUGAGAUGAGCGCCGCAACCCCAGAGUCAGCCAAGAUUGGACCUAAUGGUCAGGGGUCCCAGUCCCUUUACCUUUACCAUAAAGUCGCCACAGUGAUGCAAGGGCCACAUAGGAGAAAAUGCAUAACUGGAGCCCCUUUAUGCUGCAGCACCUGUCCCUCUCAUCCUGCUCUGGUAACGUAAGGGCAUAAAGAUCCAAUGAUGGAGCUCCUUAACACCCCCGUUGUCAAGGUCACCUUCCCUGGAACCUAGAUCAGCACUGAUGCUAUAAACCAGAGAUGGGAAAAUGUUUUCAUUCCAAGGGCCCCAUCUCCAUUUCUGGGGGCUACAUGCCAGUGGUAGGCAUGGCCAGGGGCAAAAGUGGGUGGAGCAAUGGAUGUGAUUCUUACCUCUGUACAAUUGCCUACAUUUCAGCCAUGCAAAAGCCAGAGGCUUCUAUGUACCCUUUCACCCACCCACCCAUGCAAGUUAGUGGCACUCAAGGAGGACACAGAAUAGGGCUGGGAGAGUCCCAAGAGCCAGAUAUAGUAGCACUGGGUCCCUAGACCUGAGGUUUCUAAAGACAUUUGCCUGUUUUCUCUUACAGAUUAUUCUGCAGUCCAUGCACAAAUACAAGCCAAGAGUCCAUGUCAUUGUCCAGGAUUCCCGGUUUGAUCUGUCCCAGAUCCAGUCACUGCCAGCAGCAGGCGUUCAGACCUUCUCAUUUAAAGAAACUGAAUUCACCACCGUCACAGCCUAUCAAAACCAGCAGGCAAGUUACUUAAGAGAUGCUUCAAAAAUGGUACUUCCAUUGAUUUCUCUUCAGAAUUUGGAAUUGUGCAAAUUAAGGUAGUUUCUCCCCGCCAAAAAAGUGGGACUGAUGCAUUAAAAAAAAAACCCCACACAAAUAAAUUAACACAGAAAUGCAUUUUAUUAUGGAAAACUGCUCUGUAAAAAUGUGUACAGUAGAAAAACUAGCAUGCUAAAAUGUGUGUAUUAGGAGAAAAUCACACUAAAAUCCCAAUGGAGUUUCAUGAGAACUCCUUUUUUAAAAAAAAUACAAGCUGAUGUGGAAAGGUGGAGAACUGAACACACACAGGAAAAGUGAGAAACUGAGAGAAACUGAAAUUGAUGCAUUCACCUAUUCCUAGUGCGCAUAGUCUUGGCCUGUACCCUCUAAGCUAGAUAGAUGUGGUGGAAGGCGCUACCAAUAAGGUCAGCUUCUGUAUAUGGAAAAGUGUGUGUGUGUGCGCGCACAGACCAAAUGGCAGUUUGUUUCAAUGUCUAGGGUGAGUGAAAUAUUGAUUAAAUGCUGCCCCUGCACAAAACUUGAUGUUAAUGUGAAUGAAUCUGUCAAUUUACAUGUAAUUUAGUUUCUUAUUUUUCCAGUGUUAAGUUUGGUCUGUCUGCCCCAUUUCUGCAUACUUUUCAGAUAUUUUUAUAUUUUAAGCCCACAUGAAAAUUCAUAUGCAUUUUCAGGCACAUUUCUCCUGUCAUACAAUUUUUGCAAGUCAGGUUUCCUCUGUACAGUGGAUUUAUCCAUGUUAUUUUGGCUGAUGGAUGAGUUCCUUCCACAUCCUUUGUACUUAUAUACACAUUUUUGUUUGCAUUCUUUAGUUGGAAGACUGUAUCACAAAAUCCAAACAAGGGCACACAAAGGCAAAGAAGAGCUGUGUUCCGAUUCACAUGUUUGGGCUAGGGAAGUGUGGACUUUGUGAAACCCAAAUGAAUCCCUCUCUCAUUCCUAGUUCAGUUAUUUAUACCAAAAUUCUUUUUUUGGGGGGGGUGUUUUCUUUGCAGGGGGCGGCACUCAUGGGAUUUUAUUUUGAGUUAGAAUUAAAAACAGGGACAACACAAACAAGAAUACAACAAGGUUAUUAAUAGAAUAAAAAAAACUCACUGAAAACAAUCCCUACUAUAUCAUGCAUGUGAGGUCACUUCUUGCUCACAAACUAUUUGCUCAUAUUUAAGAUCUUUAGGUGACAUAAAUUGAAUGAUAAUUAUUAUUUAUAAAUUGUUUGGUGGUUUAACCAGGAGUAGGCCAAACUGCAUGGAUGCAUCAAUAGAACUGUAGUACUAGAAUAGUACUGAAAGUAUACUGAUGUGAGCAUGCAUAAGAUCACAUCAAAACUGCUGAUUUGGUGAAGUUUUCUCUUUAGGAAGUGUGGUCCAGUAACAUUAGGGUAUGAGUCUGCAAAAGCCUAUCCAGAUAUGAAAAGCUGAUGCACAAUUUAAUUUGCAAUUUUAUGCUGGUUUUGUUUAUGUUUUGUAUCUUUUAAAAAUGAACUUGCUUUUACUUCUGACUUUUUAUUGAUAAUUUAAAUGCGUAUUUUAUUUUAUGUGAACUGCUUAGAGGUUAAAAAAAUAUUAGCAGUAUAUGAAUUCCAACCAACCAACCAACCAAUCAAUCAAUCAAUCAAGGAAUGACUUCCAAGGUGUAGCAAAUGCAACACGUUCUAACCCAACAAAUGAUUAUUAGUUAAACUGGGACUCAAGAGGAGUGGAACAGACUCAAAGAACAAUUGCCUCCCAAGGUCUCACCAUUUAUAUCCCUCUCCCUACACUCAUGUAUAUCUAAAGCCCCUUACUGAGGACAGUGCUCCACAAAACUCACAAAAUGGACUCUAGUGACCACGAAAAGCUCAUGUUUAUAUGUAGGGUAAUUGUGACAAUUUCUUAGAAACCUGUUCUAACAUUGGGCACAUAUGAGUAGGGAUGGAAGGAUGUGUUGGUUUUGUUCUGUCCAUUUCUCAGUUAUCCAAUAUUCAAUUCAUUUCUCCACAUUUCUGCAGCAAUCUGCAUUAAAAAAAGAAUAAUUAAUCAGCAUUUUAGUGUGAAUUUCUCCCAGCAAACAUUUUUGCAUGCUGUUUUGUAUGCAUUUUUGCAAACAAUUUCCCUUAAUAUAAUGCAUUUUUCAUGUGUUUUUCACUACUACAUUUAUUUUUAUGCACUUCCCCCUAAUAUAUGCAUUUUUUAAAAAACAUUGUUUGGAGAACUGCAACACAAAAUUCAGGUAAAUGUGAAUUUUGAAGGAUGACUGUAGUUAGGUUUCAUAUUGUUUCAGAAAGUGCAGAUUUCAUAGAUAACCUUUUAAGUGUGAAUGGAAUCAAAUUUCUCCUGCAAAUGAAUGACAUUCUGUCUAACUAGGUUUUUGCCAUUCUAGUGUUGGGUUACUUAAUGGUUAGGCAAAUUAAGGCCCAGGGGCCAGAUCCAGCCCAAUUGCCUUCUAAAUCCAGCCUGCAGAUGGUCCGGGAAUCAGCGUGUUUUUACAUGUGUAGAAUGUGUCCUUUUAUUUAAAAUGCAUCUCUGGGUUAUUUGUGGGGCCUGCCUGGUAUUUUUACAUGAGUAGAAUGUGUGCUUUUAUUUAAAAUGCAUCUCUGGGUUAUUUGUGGGGCAUAGGAAUUUGUUCAUUAUUAUUUUUUCAAAAUAUAGUCUGGCCCCCACAAGGUCUGAGGGACAGUGGACCGGUCCCCUGCUGAAAAAGUUUGCUGACCUGGUUACAGCACUCAAACAAUUCUUUCUUUGUUGUUUUCCUCUGAAUGUCCACAGAUAACAAAACUGAAGAUUGACCGGAAUCCCUUUGCUAAAGGGUUUAGAGACCCUGGAAGAAACAGGUAAAUUAUUACCAUUUAUUUGCUGGGCUGUCCACUAGUUAAAGGCAUCAUAGUCCGGCCUUGGUCAGCUUAGUGAUCUCCAAAUGUUUUGACUACAACUCCCAUCAGCCCCAGCAAGUGCUGGUGGGAGGAGCUGUGGUUCAAAACAUCUUGAGGGGACCAGAUCCAUUAAGGCUAUCCUAACUAAUUGAUAGUAUGAGUUUCAGUGUAAUAAUCGGUUAACCAAUGGAGUAGUAUAUGCUUUUGCCUUGUAGUUUUCUAUUACAUAAUAUUGCAGUUUUCCAGUUUCAUCUGUUAUUUUUCUAAAACACUUAGUCUGCUUUGCUAUUAAGCUGCAUAUACACAUAUGAAAUAAUAAAUAAUAUUUGCACAGGUAAAAACAAUAGUUACGAACCCCCUCUGUGCAACCCCUCACCUUGUUUUCUGAUGACCCCAUGGGUGUUGCAGGAGGCACCCAAUGUGGGAGAAAGGGAGGAGAGACUCCUAUUUUAAAGUGGUCCUUAUUACUCGCAGUUUUCACAAUAUUUCAUGUUUAUUUCUAAUACUCAGACGUAUGCCUCUGAAUACCAGUUGCUGGGAACCACAAGUGGGGAGAAUGUUGGUGUUACUCUUGUGUCUUGUUUGUGGGCUUCCCAUAAUGGGCAUCUGGUUGGGCACUGUCAGAACAGAAAUCUGGGGCAGAUGGGCCUUUGGUCUGAUCCAGCUGCAAGGCUUUCCUUAAGUUAACAAGCUGGAGCACAUUUUAAGCUAAGCAAUUAAACAAACAAACAAACAAACAAACAAACAAACAAAAAGAUUAAUCAGUUGCAAUCUGAUUUAUGUGUCACAUACUACUUUCAUGUGCAUAGUAAGAUACAUUUUUGCCAGAAUCUCAAAAGCCACGCAGGAAGUACUGCAUGCUCACUAAAGCUUCUGAGACAUCCACCUUACAAAAACAACCCUCCCUACCUCUUGAGGGCCAAAUUAGAUUAUUUGCAGACUAUUUGUUUGCUAUAUGUGAAUAGUCUGUCACUACAUCUGUUUGUUUAGUGCAAUAAAACUGCCUUGCUUCCUGUCUACAAACUUGCUGGAUGCAGAGGCUUCUGCACUGUGGCACCCUGCACAAAAUCCAAUGUGCCCCCCCCAUCACUCACCUUCCAUUGAACUUCAUAGUUGCAGCACUUUCUGCAAUGCCCCAGAAGCUUCACACCUGGUGUGACUGAGCCACUUGUACUCCCCUUUGAUGAGAAGGGUGCAUUCCUAGUGUGGAAAUUUGCAUGUGGAUUGCCCCUAUCAGAACUGAGGCCUUCAUUUUCCGUGAAGGAGUGUGUGUGUGUGUGUGUGUGUGUAAAUCAACUUUUGGUAUAUAGGCAUUGGUAGGUUGACACACUGAUAAUCUCAACAAUAUCCUAUUUUGUAUGCCUUGGUCUCUUAGGAUCGUGGGCAAGAAAGGGUGAUGCAGGGAUAUUUUGCUUGAAUUCUGUAAUCCGCCCCCCCAUCUCCAUAAAGGAAAGUGGAAAUUAGAUUACUUUUAUAAGUGUUCAUAUUUCCUAUUUGGCCAUUUCCUAUAUGGCUAUGACUCUGCUAAAUAGUACCCCACUUGUCAAUAUCUGAACCAGCCUUCGGAACAUAUUCCCAUGCAAGUGCUAGGCUGAUGUCCGUGCUUUGCUUUGUAGAGGAGUAUUGGAUGGACUUCUGGAAUCAUAUCCGUGGAGACCAUCACUUACCCUGGAUUUUAAGUCUUUUGGUGCAGAAAGUCAGGGUAAGUACAGAAUUCUCCAUUGUUUCUGAGAUCAUUAUGCUGAACUUUAAGCAACAGUAGCAUGCUUUUCAACAUGUUCAGUGCAGUCAGUUCCUCGGAGGCUCUGGCAACCUGAAUACUGGGAUAGCAAGGAAGCUAAUUUUCAGUAAAGACAUUGCGUCUGAUGGCCAUGCAAAUUUGGCUUUUAACUUUCUGGGCUAGAGAAUUAAAAUUAUUUAAAACAUCAUUUCCCUGCCCCGGGGAAGGUUAGGAUUAGGGUCCAUGUUUCACUCCCUGUUUUCUUGAGACAGGGCUGGGAAAGUCUCCUGUAUGAGACCCUGGAGAUGUACUGCCAGUCAGUGCAGACAAUACUGAGGAGAUGGAUUGGUGAUGUGACUUGGUAUAAGGCAGCUUCCUAUAUUCCUGUUAACGCUGUAUGUCAGCAUGCUCGUGAAAUGCUUUUGAUAAAGGGCCUUUCCACGUUGACCAAUACCAUGUCUCACAACAAUAUAAUGCUGAGCUGGGCUGACUUGAGCCCUGUCAGGUCUACUCUAAGCAUGGCUAAGCCUGAAUCCAGAGCAGAGCAGGAUUUUUCCUUUUAAACUGUUUCAAAAAGAAGCAGAUUUCCUUUGGAAAGACCAUAGAUUGGUGGUAGAGAACCUAGUUCCAUGCCUGGGGAACAAGAAGAACCACUGGUCAGGGAUGACCAACAGGUAGUUCGCGAUCUUCUGGUCGAUCACGGGGGGUUCGUGGUAGAUGAUCUUGGAGGAUUGUGGGCCCCCCCAAAAUAAUUAAAUAAAAAAUGGGGGGAGCUCAACAACUCUGGCUUCCUAAAAAAAGCUCAACAACUUUUGGUAUAUCACUGCCAGUCUGAGGCAAAGGAUGAGAUAGUGUCCCACUUACCUAUGCAGAGAAGCUGACUGGACUGAUAGCUGAAUCUCAUUUCAACCCUGACAACAGGGAGCUUCAUGCACUGCCCAUAAGGAAAGCAGGCUCAUUUAGGGAAAUGCCAUAGCCUUGCAUGCAGAAGGUCUCAGAUGGAGUGCCUGGGGAAGUAGAUGGACCAAUGGUCCUAUGCUGUGUGUGGCUGUAGUUGCAAAAGUAACUCUAAAUCUCCAGCAGAGGGGUUCAGGAAGGGUAAUAGGGGCACUAUCUCAUCCUUUGCCUCAGGCAUCAAAAUACCUUUGGCUGGCUCUGCAGUGAGACUGACUCCUGUGUAAACAGGCCUGGGACUAGGCUGCACAAGGUUGAGCAAUGAACCAGAAAGCCCUUCAAUUCAACUCUUGCCUCUAUCAGGGAUUCAUUUGGUGGCCUUAGAAAAGUAACUCCCAGUCAGUCCCUCAUGGGGACAAUCAGGUCCAGCAUCCAUCAUGCUCAGGCAGCUGUUGGGGUCUUGGUGUUCUGAUGAGACCCAUCACACUGAUGCCACUUAGUGGUGUCUGGUGCCCAGUGGAACUGGCAAGGUGGAAGUCAGGGUGUCCAUUAUUAAGUGGAGGCAGAGCAGAUUAAUUCUAGUUUUCUCCCAUUUGCCCUCCUAUUCACUGAAUCCACACUGCACUAGUUAUUGGGGAUAGUCUGUGGUUGGUGGGGCAGUGCCUCAUUUCCCCAAGUGGACCAACCUUUACUGCUGCACCCCUCCCCACCCCCCAGCAUCUGCCACUGGAAAUGUAUUUAGUUAUUACAUUUACAUAUUGCUUAAUCAUUAGAAUUUCUAUGUGGUGUACAUAAAAAUAAACCAUACAGGGAAUGUAACAAAACCAAAGAAAUCAUCAAAGAACCAAAGAGAAACUCAAACUAACUUAAAAUGCCUGCUGGAAUAAGGGGGACUUCAUCAUGCAUCUGGAGUUCAGAAAAGAGAGUGCCUUUCUAACUUUUAUUAGGUAGGGAGUUCCACAAGCUUGGGCCCGCUACACUGAAUUCACAUCUUCUGGUAGUUACGAGCUGUUCAUCUGUGCCACUGGGGAACACCAAAGGGGAUCUCAUUGACUGAGCAGGGAUAUAAGGGAGCAGGUAGUCCUAAAGAUAUUGUGGACCCCAGUUGUUCAGGGCCUUGCAAGUUAAUACAAGAACAUUGAACUUGGCUUGGUAACAUAUGGGCAGCCAAUGUGAGCUUUUAGGAACCAGAGUUAUGUGUUGACAGUAGUCUAUCUCCACCAACAGUCUAGCUACAGCAUUUUUCAACAGCUGGCACCUUCACACCAGGUGCAAGGGUAGCUUCACCCAUAAUAAGGCAGGUCCUGUCUCACUCUGUUCAUCGGGGCUUUAGCUACUAUGCUGCUACAUUAGUUCCAGUGAGUUUCAGUUGCCUGGGGUCCUUAUUUUCAUUCUGAAUAAUUCUGCAAUAAUUUCGUACAGAAAGCUAAAAUAUUUGUUGAUUUUGGAUGCCAAGUAGAAGGAGGAUAUGCUAUUUUAACAGUUCCUUUUCAUCAGCCUAGCAAAGAGGGAGCUGUUGCAUCUUUGGGGCCUGCGGGCAGCUUGUCCUUUGAGAAUCCUAGGUCUUUGGCUUCUUCUGAGCCCAACUGAUUAAUCAAAGGGGGAUUUGCCCCCUUUUAAGAUUUUGCUCAUUAAUCCAUCAAUUAAAUUGCUCAAAGCUUGCAGCCUGGAUAAAUACCCAGCUUUACAUUCUGGUGAGAUAAUUAUACAUGCUUGAUUGCAAGGAACAUUCAUUCCACUUUAAACUCUCUCCAAAAGAGUGUGGAAAUGGCAGAAUGAGUGUGUGUGUGUGUGUGUGUGUGUGGGGAGAGAGAGAGAGAGAGAGAGAGAGAGGAACACAAGGGCAGUCAGAGAACUUACCAUGGCACUGACCUCCUCCGUCCCUCAAAAACUGGUACCACGACCCAACUGCAGAAAAUAAUUCUUAGUUGAAUUUCUAUCAUUCUGUCAAACUGUUACAAUUUCAGCCAUGUUGCACAUACCAUCAUUUCAGUUAGGCUAAUAGUUUUCAUACCUUUGGAGACCAAACACAGACCCGGAGUGAGAUCUCGGCCCAAAAUCAUGACAGAGCAAGGCUCCCAAAAUGGCUGCCCAUGUUCUCAUAGGAGAAAAUGGGAUGUCCCAGUUUUUCUGGGGCAGUUGAUGGGUAUGGAGCCAGCAGGUUAGGAGAAAAUAGAGAGGAGAAAACAAUAAUUGCUCAGGCAAACUUUGUGUUUGGACAGGAAGUCUGAGGCAAGCCAAUGGCCAACCUGGGUAGAGUCAUUCCAAUACCUGGGAUCUCUUUACAUCCUAGAGCAGAAGUAGAGACCCUUUUAAGCCCAACAACCACAUUCAGCCAUGGACAACUUUCAGGGUCCAUGCAUCAGUGGUGGGAAGGGCCUAAAGCAAAAGUGCAUGGAGCAACAGAUGUGAGUGGUUGAUUCAGUAGGCCACUUUCUAAAUACACAAAAUGGAGAGAUUUCUACCCCCCCCAAAAAAACUUUUUAUCCUCCAACCUGGCAAGUUAUGGCUCACUCACACUUCCACUUGACCCGUGCCUAGAAAGCAUGGGUCCAAGUGGUUUUUUGCUUGGCAUGCGCUUUCUAGGCAUGGGUCCAAGCGGUUCCUCCUUGCCUUGCUUCUUUCUCAGGGAAAACCCGCUCUUUAGUGCUAAUUUGGAGCAAAUGUCAAUCCAGAAAAUUCCUGCAUGCUCCAAUUGAGCACUAAAUAGAACUUUUCCUCAGGGGCAUAGGAGCCAACUCCUAGGGAUCUUUGCCCCCCCAUAAGAUAUUUAAGGGAGCUGGGGCCCCCAAAGUUCAUAGGCACUGCCAUUCAAAUCGUGUGUAUGCACUAUGUCAUGUGAUCGAUUAUGUGGGGCAUGGCUUACCUUACCAAUAUUUUAUUCAAGUUGGCACCCCUGCCUGGGAGAAUGCAGUGGGACUAUAGGAGCCCUAAGAGGCACUGUCCCAAUUCAAGAGAACAUUUCAUCCAGACAAAAGCACCCAAGGAGAGUGGAGAGCAUGACCUGGGGAGAGUCCUGAGGGACAGAUACAGAGGACUGGAGGGCCACCUUCAACCUUCAGGUCUGAGGUUUCCCAAGGCUGGUCUAGGGAAAUGCCCCAAACUAUAGCCCUGGUAGUUUAAGACAUGAAGCACCUGUGUCUUAAACCACCAGGGCUAUAGUUUGGGGCAUAGAGUAUAGAACUGGACAUUCCUACUGGUAGCCCCAGAAGUUGCUCCCACUGGAUAUCCUGAGCAUUUGAGAGAGAGACACAGAGAAAGACAGAGCACGCUGCAAGAUGGCUUGUUUAUUGAGCAUUCAUUCUGAUUUGUUUGCAUGGAGAAUAGAUUAUGUCCAUUGCUUUUUAUUUAUUUAUUUAUUUUUUAAAAAAGAACAUUCAUUCUAGUUGUUUCUGGAGAGGUUAGAUGAUGUUGCAUCAAAGCAAGUGUUAUCCCACACUUCUCAGAACACUUUCCCAUCACUUUGGUUAAUGGGAAAAGUCUGACUUUUUGGGAGAUGCAGGUUUGUUGUACAGAAUCUUCCUAAGUCUCUAUUAUUGCAUGGUGCAUUUUCAAGUAUGUGAUCGAACCCCACCUCCAAACAACAACAAUCUGGGAGUAACCAGAGAGAGAGAGAAAGGGAAAUCUCUCUCUCUUUUUAAAAAAAUAUUUUAACGACAUAAUUUUCCUUGCCUUACUGUAGGUGGAAGUCCUGGGUCUUCCCCUGUGACACCCCCCGGGGGAACCCCGUCUCCUCUCAGCUCUCUUCUCUCCCCCUCUUGCUCUCCUCCUACACUCCACCUGUCAGCAAGCAACCUCAGAAUGUCAUGCCCGGAAUCUUACCUCCACCACUUUGGCCUCCCUGUCUGCUACAAGAUUUGCCCUACCGGCCUUUUAAGACAGCCAUCGCUGAUAUUUCCAAGCCAUCCGAAACUGGGAAAUGCUUCCAGCCCACCCCUUUUGCCUCACUUCAUGGUGGAGAUGCCUGCACUGUCUUCUCUGAGCAUAACCAACGUCAAAAGUGGCAAAGCAGAAGACUUAAAUGGACCAAGCCCCCAAGGGCCCAGUUCUGCUGGGCAUAUGCUGUAUGGCUUGCAUGCAUCUGGAAACAUUUUCCCAUCAAGUCCCAUUACCCAGGAAGCCCUUAAUUGUGCCUUACAUCCUCCAUAUGGUUUCUACGGCUAUAACUUCUCGAUGCCAUCCAGGCUGAUGAAUGCAACAGGACAUUUCAAAGCAAGCGACGGUGUUCCAUCCCCUCUCAGAGAGAGCAGGUGCAACCACUCUCCCUGGCCUUCUGCAAUUAACCACUGCCUCUAA